AUGCGCAAGAGUACACCUAGCUCAUCCAGGCAGUACAUGCUUCCUCAUGUUCGGCAGCUGGUGGCAAUCUGGGGAUUCUACUUGAUUUUGUUGUUAGCUGAACUCAGCGCUGCAAAAUCCUCAUUGGAUUUGUCCGCCAAAAAAGUGUGUCAAACAGAAGCCUGCCAAGAAAGAGCUAAAAUGGUGUUGGCCAGCAUGGACCCGAACGAGGAUCCUUGUACUGACUUCUAUGAAUACGCGUGUGGAAACUGGCAAAAAAGACACAGAAUACGUGACGGCAAGACAAAAAUUGGAAAUUAUCAUAUUCUUCAUGAGAAAGUUCAGACGGACCUAAAAAAUAUUUUAUUGAACGCUACGGUUAAGGAAGAAGAGCCGCAGAAUGCUACUAAUAAGGCUAUCCUGGCCUACAGAGUCUGCCUUUCUGAGACUGUCAACGGAACAGAGAAAUUUAAUGACCUGCUGCAGCUGCUUAAGAAAUAUGGCUUUACCAAGUGGCCACUACUGAAUAAAGGAGAAUCACCUUAUGCAAACUGCACUCAACUACUCCACCAAUCAACUUUUCCUGCAUUUUUUAGUUUCUUUGUAUUCCGGGACUUUAAAAAUAUUCAUUCAAACGUGAUUUACCUCGACCAAAUUAAGUUUGACUGGGUUGGUGGAAAGAAACUGAUUGACGACACGAAAAAAGAAAAUAGAAAUGUAAUCGCUGCCUACAAGAAGGUUAUUGCGUCAACUGCGAAGGUAUUCAGACCCAACUUAACUGAAGAGGAGGCACAGCAACUUUCUCAGGAUAUAGUACAGUUUGAGGUCAAACUGGCAAAGCACUCUAAGGCUGAAGAAGACAGGCGUAACUUAACCUCAAUGUACAACGAAAUGAAUAUCUCCACCUUGUCUAAAAAGUAUCCCAAGAUUGAAUGGCUGAAACUAUUAAAUCACGAGUUUGCACUGGCCAAUGUGACACUCAAUGAGAGCGAACGUGUGAUUGUAUUGGAGCCUGAUUAUGUUAAAGAUAUUGAGAAAAUUCUGGAAGGAGAAAGUAUAUCUACGCUGUACAAUUUUGUGCACUGGACUACGAUUCGAGCUAAUGGUGCUGUGGCAUCUAAAAAGCUUGACAAGCUCUUCUUUGACUUUAAUAAAGAGGCAUUCGGCGUAAAAGAAGACAAACCAUUGUGGCAGAAGUGCCUCACCAGUAUAUCAGACUUAAUGACACACGCAAUAGGUCGUCUUUAUGUGGACAAAAUGUUUAAACCCAAAGCCAAGAAAACUAUGGACACAUUAGUAGGUGUGCUUAAAAGUACUUUUGUAGAGAUGCUUGAAAAUAAUACAUGGAUGGAUAACUCUACACGUAAGGAAGCAAUCGAGAAGCUUCAAAAAAUGGUAGCAAAAAUUGGUUACCCUUCUUGGAUACUGAACGAGACGUAUCUUAAUGGCUUUUACGAAUACGUGCCUGCAGUUUCUUUAAACCAUUCAUUUCUGAAUGUUCUGAACGGCCUGAAUCUAAAUAGCCACAUUCUAAAACAUCUAAGUUUACGAAAACCAUAUAAGAAAGAAGAUGAGUGGUUCGAAGGUGUGGGAGUGGCAAAUGCUUUUUACGCUGAAUUCAAUAACGAGAUCCUCUUCCCUGCUGGAAUACUUCAGCCGCCAAUUUUUGAAGACGGUAUACCUUCAUCAAUCAACAUGGGAGCUAUUGGGAUGUUUAUAGGUCAUGAAAUUACACAUGGGCUUGACAUUGCUGGUAAUCAUUUUGAUGCUGAUGGACAGUUGGGAAACUCGUGGAACGAGGCCGCAAAGAGAGAAUAUUUAAAGAGAGCUCAAUGCUUUAUAGACCAGUACAGCAAUGUUACCGUAAAGGAAGUGAACUUGACGCUAAACGGAACAAGUACUCGGCGUGAAAAUAUUGCCGACAAUUCUGGCCUAAGAGCAGCGUAUCUGGCAUUCAGAAAGUUUAAUGACACUGACGAGAUGCUUCCUGGGUUAAACUUAACAGGAGACCAGCUGUUUUUCCUUUCAAAUGCUAUGGUCUGGUGCAAUAAUAUUAGGGAAGGGAGGCUGCGAUAUGAUGUAAAAUAUGACCCCCACAGCCCUGGCAAGUUUCGGGUGAACCUUCCAAUGGGAAAUUCUCCAGAUUUUUUACGCGUGUUCUCCUGCAGUCCUAACUCGACUAUGAACAUUACAAACAAAUGCACAAUGUGGUGA